CCCAGAUCUCCUCCUAAUUAGCUUCGUUUUGAUCUUGUUUCUUUGUGCCUUUGACUGCAUUGAUCUUCGAUUGUGGUUCGUGAUUUCUGACAACAAAUCACUUUUUUACUCGGGCUUUACGAACAUAUUUUGUCUGGUUCUUGGUCAGGGUUUCUUAGGUUUCCGAAUUCUAUUUGAUCGGAUUUAGCUCGCUGCGGUUCUUGAUCGAUCUGAUGGGUAUCUGCUUCCCUGUAGGUUAUGUGACCUUAUGGCUCAGUUUAGUUGAAUUUAGGGUUUUGAUAUGAAUAUCGAUGUCUUACCUGUUUGUUUGCUGGUCUGGGAAUUUCGUAACCUUUUUAUCUUCUCAACCCAAUCCUGGGGAAAACCUUCAAUUUGGGUUGGUUUUGAUGUGAAUACGGAAUCUGAUGAUCAGAUUUGGCAAAACGUAUCCAAUGCAUCCUUCGCUGAGUGAUGAAUGUUAUCCCCGAAGAAUUUGGGACUCUGAAAUUCUUCUGAAUAAGCUAAGAUUCAGUUUCAUCACUUUUGUCUAAGAUAACUAGUGCUCCUUGUUUUGAGCAAUCAUCUUGUCAGUGUUAGUUAGUAAGCACGUGAGUGACCAAACAGUGUUAUGGGAUCUGGUCCUUCUGUUGUAUGUCAGAUUCCUGUUGUUUUCGCCAAUUUUGUCCACAGUGCGGGCAUGCUUGUGUCAUGACUUAACCGAGCAAUGUUUUAAGCGAUUUCGUCUUAUGAUUGUAUAAACAUAGUAUCGAACCGGGAAUCUAUUGACCAUGGCCAUGUGCAGGUUUCGGUGGGUUAAGAGUGUUUUUGUUUGGUCCAAGAUCGGGAAAUCCGCUAUUUUUUUUUUUGGCUGACCCAGUUCUUGUUUUUGCAUCUUUAAGUAUCAUAGCAAGUGAUGCAUAUGCUUGCGCAGAAUUUUGGUUGGGUGGCAUAUAGAUAUCAUAAUGUCUGGCACGGUGGAUCUCAAAGCACAGCAAGUAGAAGGAAACACGAACACUGGGGCUGAAAAAUCAAUGCCAUCAUCUCAGGAGGAGGAAGCAGCUGUAAAGAAAAAGUACGGAGGAAUUGUUCCAAAGAAGCCACCCCUGAUUUCCAAGGACCACGAGCGUGCUUACUUUGAUUCUGCUGAUUGGGCUCUCGGAAAGCAAGGAGUUAAGAAGCCAAAAGGACCCCUUGAAGCACUUCGACCAAAAUUACAGAUUCAGAUUCUGUGGCAUAUAGAGAAGGGUUGCUGAGUAUAAGAUGAUAUAGAUAUAUGCACGACUAAAUGACGGCUUGUGGUGAAAGGGUGAUUUGGGAUGGAAAGCAAAUAUCUUGAAGAGUACUAGUAAUGUUGAUUUGUGAUACAUUUGAAAGGAGUGAACUUUUUAACGCCAUAAGCCAUAAGGCAUAAGGCAUACCUAAGACCUUUUCCGAGUUGGUUGGAUAACGCGAUCGAAUUUCACUGAACUUGUCGAGGAGUUA